UGCAGGUAAGCUAUAGUAGCGCGGCUACCUGCGCCAGGCGAACACCUGUCACGCAGUUAGUUGUUGGCAACGCGAUGAAAAGAGCCGGCCUUUCUCGCUCGUUCUUGUAAUGCUUUGAAGAGAUUAUUGUUGUUUUCUCUUCUUAUUUUUCGUCGAUUGAUCCGCUGGUUUAAUUGUGUGCGAGAACAACAUGUGCGAUUCACUGGAGUCGAGGAGGGUGGACGUGGUUCGCGAUGGUUAUGCCGGUGAUAAGGAAGAUCGAGCGUUGUUUUGGUAAACAAGCGAAUAUGGAAAGAUGCGUGCGUCUGGAGAAUAAGUUUAGUAGUCGAAAUAAUAAGCUUCCGAAGAAAAAUGGAUCCGCAAAAAUCAUCGAAGCAGAAAUCCCAAAGACGCGGCCGACUGACAAAGUCUCGCGCAGUCGAGAGUUCCAACGAGUCCUCCUCGGACGAGAAAUCCGAGGACGAGUCUCGCAACCUUGGCUCCAGACUGAAGCUACUACGGGACAAACGUCGAAGCGCAAAGUCUCGAAAAUCUCGUUCCGAGAGGCAUAGCGUUACCUCCGACGUGGAGGACACUAUCGUCCAGAUUGAGUCGUCUACCGAACCGGCGAAACCGGUACCGAAGGAAUCGGGUAUCGCUCAGUCGAUAAAGAGGAAGUUCGGUUUCUUCAGACGAUCGGAGAACGUCAAGUCGACGGAGGACAUCGAGGCGGCGGUUCUCGAGAGUGUUGACACACCUGAAGCUGACAAUCGGCAAACCCUCGACGUUGUGGUGGACGUGCACUGCGAGAACGAGAUUCAAAAGUCUAAAGUGAUAAAGAAGAGCGUGUCGUCGAAGGAGGAGUCGAGUCCGGAGGAGAAAUCGUUGGAUUUAAUCGAGGAGUUUCACGAGGAGAACGACAGGAACAAGACGUCGAGGACCAGUGGUUUCUUCGAAGGCGAUUCGGAGGUCGAGAGCGAGAUCGAAGUGUACUCGCCGAUCGACCGGGAGAACGACGAGUUGACGAGCGAGAUUCUGCCAACUUCCGGGGGUGAAUCGUCGAGGAGGAGAAAGCGAUGGGAGAAGGAUGCGAUAUCCGCGGACGAUUUGGUGGAAGAUUUGAAGAAGCCGAAAAGGAAGCAGUGGGCGAAGGGAACGACCAGCGCGAAGAUACGAGAAGCUAGUGGAAAGAGGAUCGUUGUGCCUCGGAGAUUGGCUACUGCUGAACCUGGGAAAUCGACUAGGCCUAAAUCUUCCAAACCUACAAAACCGGUGGCUGCAUCUAGAUCGAAAAGCAUUCAAAAGGAAGAGAUCAUACGGGGAUUCGAUAACGACGGCUUUUCGUCCGAUCACGAUGAGGUCCUGCGAAUAGAAACCGUUAACGAUCAGAGUCCAAAAAUCAAGAUCGGUAGUGCCAGUACGGAAUUGAUCGAAGACGGCGCUUCAACUCUGAGCGAAGAGGAGGAAAGACGCAUCGAUGAAAGGAAAGCAAGUAUCGAAUCGGUAAAGGACUACAUGCUGAAGUCUCUGGAGACGACCGAAAACUCGGAUAGCAGAGACCUUUCACCCAGUGAAACCUUCGAAUCGCCAGAUUUCGAAAAGAGAAAACCGGUAACCAGAAGACGAUCCAGCACCAAACGAAAAGGGUCAGUCGACAGAAGAUCCCUCGACGACGAGGACGACGAGGAAGAAGACGAGGAGGAGCAGGAAACAGUGUUGAACGUCAUGGACAAGAGGUCGAGACGGUCAUCAGGCUCGAGCAGAAUCGAAAUUAUUCCCUUGAACAUCUUCGAAAAGGAAUCGAGCGACGAAACAACGAUAUCGACGAACGAAGAGAUGCACACUUCCCGCAAGGAUUCGCACCGAUCCAGGUCCAAAUCUAAAUCGACUCGCCGCGAGAAAAGCGACGACGCGAGCGAGCGAAGCUCCAGAACGAAGCGCAAGACUACGAGCUCGUCCACUCGAAAUUCCGCUGAAGAGUAUUCCAGCAGCAGAAAACGUACGAAAUCGAAAACGAAGAAGAGGCACAAAAAACGGGAAAAGAAGCAGCAGCUGGACGACGUCGAAGAGGAAACGAAGUACAUAUCCGUGAAAAUCCAUAGGUCCGACAUGCUCGAAGCGGACUACAUCACGAGACAUCCUAUGGUCAAGGUUCACAUCGUCAACGCCAUUACUGGAGAGUACCUGAAGACGAGUGACAAAGAUGGUGAAUCCAAUGUUCUGUCGCCGGUUGUAACAGGGAAGUUCGAUUUCAAGGAGAAAAAGUCGAUGGUACCUGUCUGGGAGGAAGAGCUGAUCUUCGAACACGACUUCAAGAACCUGUUGGCCGAAGGCAAAGGGGCUGUGGUCGUGCUGUUCGAGAUCGUCGAUCUUCUGACCUUCACUGAAGCCAGCGUGUGCUACGAUCAGUUUGGCAAGGACGCAUGCUGGUACAAGAUAGCCUGGGCCUUCCUACGACCGGUCGGUCUCAGCGGAGUUCAGCAUACCGAUAAGAGGGUACGUCUGCAGCUCUACCGGCCAAAAAGAUCCUUCAGAAGAGCCAAGAAGAGCAAGUGCGAGGUGUACAAGUGGUGGAAGUCGAACAGUCGAGACAAGUACCCCAGCAGUCUGUACGUGAGCAUCAGCGCAGUGGAACCACCGAAAGUCGAGCCUGUUUUCUACGAUCAAUUGCUGCAGCUCAACGACCCGUCCGAAGUUCGCAGCGAUUCACAGAACGUUUUGUCAUCGAAGGUCGAAGAGGAAAAGACGGAUCGGCCAAAGUGGACUCGGUUAGCUGCACAGUCGUGUCAGAUACCGAACGAGAGUUAUCUGGAGGCUGAAGCCAGCGAGAACGGAUGCUUUUACGUAACUUUCAGUCAUGAUGGAAAGUAUCUGGCUUGUGCUCUUUCCGAGGAGUACGAUUACCCGAUUCUGGUUUACAAGAUCGACGAGGGAAAGAUACACGUUCGAUUCUCCGGUCACAAGAAUUUCGUAUACCACUUGAGUUGGUCCCAAGACGAUCGUUACCUCUUAUCAGUGUCUUCCGAUCAAACUGCGCGAUUCUGGGACGUCGGAGAGAAAAUCAUCGAGCCCGUCCAGUCACUGCCACAUCCGUCCUACGUCUACUGCGGCAGAUUCUCUCACGACACCUCGAACCACGUCAUAACCGGUUGCUACGACCACGUCGCUCGAGUUUGGGCCCGACUGCGCUCGAACCACAAGUACGAACUCGUCCAGGAACUCGAAGCCCACGAGAGUUUCAUCACCACCGUCUGUUUCCAACCGAAGGAUGACACUUGCCUGACAGGUGACGGUCUCGGUGUGAUCGUCGUCUGGACGACUAAGAAGAGCCGCAAGUCACCGAUUAGAAGAGAGUGGCAGAUCGCCAGGAAAAUUAAGAUUCGAGAUAUCGAGGGGGUACCGAUCAACACCAUAGUGAUGCAUCCCCUGGGCUCGAGGUUGCUGGUGCACUCUAGAAACGAUGGGCUCAGACUGAUAGACAUGAUCAGCGGAGUCGUCGUGAGGAAGUUCGAAGGACUGAAGAAUCAGAGGAUACAGAUAACGGCCUGCAUCUCACCCUGCGGUAGUCUGCUCUUCUGCGGUGGAGAAGAUUCAACGUUGAACGUCUGGAGCGUCGAGAACGGCAAGCUUCUGGCAACUUACGAGGUCGAGAGCCACGAGAAGGCCGUGACAUGUGUGGACUAUCAUCCCUACGACCACGUUUUCGCCUUUUCAACCUACGGUGCACCCGUUCCCGUCAAGAUCUUGAAGUACGACCGGGAAGCCGAUGGCAGUAGAGUCGGACUGAAACUUUUGGCCAUGACCACUAGCAUGAUGUCCGUCAGUUCGAGCAUAAGGUUGAAGGAUCAGCAACCGCCGAUCGCGAGAAACGGCGGAAGAAAUCCGGAGAAGUUGUCAGCCAGGAGUCUCAAUUCCUCCGCGAACGUCAGUCAAAUCGGUUCGGUAGCCCACCUCCUCACAGAGUACAAGGACAACGACGACGUUCGAGGUCAACUCAGGGGAAAGCUACAGAAGUUCAUGGAGUCCGGACCGAACCUCAAGGCCAAGAGCAUGAACAGACUGAACGGUAUCAUAGAGAAGAUCGACAAGAUUCUCAUGUACGCGACGAACCAAAAGUCGCCAGCGAUGGACUUGGAAUCCGCGAGGAAUUCCUCGGUCUUCAUGGUCGAGGAGAGGCACUCUCGGGAGGUCUUCGAGUUGCAAGAGUUACCGGUUGUGGAACACGACAGCAAGCGGGAUAAAAAAUCGAGAAAACACCGACCGAGAUCGAAAAGCGCCCGAAACGCCUGUUCACCAACGCCGAAGGAAAUCGAAGCCUCCAAAGCGUUAUCCGACAGCGCAGCUUUCAAUCGCAAAGUUUCCAGGUUCAGCGACGACUCGUCGAAUUCGAACCGAUCGGUCGUUUACGGUAAAUUCAUGGUCGAGCGAUUGGAACUGGAGAAGAUCGAGUACGUGGACACCGAGUCGGGAUUCAAAGAUUCGCUGGACACCAUAAUCGACGGAAAGGAGGACUUUCCCAGCGAAGAAGUCCUCGACGUCCAGUCGCUAAAAAGCGACGACACCUACGUCGUCGACAAGGAGAAGUCGGCCGAUAACAGCGAGGGCAACGACAGUUCCGAGAGAAGCAACGCGACUUUUAUAAUCGAGAGCGAAGUUCCGAUACCGAAGCCUCGCAAGAGAAUCGGUAGGAUUGAGGUCAUGUAAAUAUAUCGCAUCGAGACGAAGAGGCAGUAUUAGAGUUGUUUUUAUAACGAACUAUAUCUCUCUUUUGCGGAGAAUUUGUAAAAUACAAUGUAACGUUUAUAUAAUGUAUAAAUGUGAACGUACUUAUUGGAUUUACGUCUAUAACUAUAACAAUUUUUUUUUGAAUUUAAUAAAUAUCAAAAGUUUGUAUAUAUAAA